CUCCGGUGGGCUCUCAUGCAUCUACAUACUGAUUUUUUUUUUUUUUUUUUUUUUGGUGUGUGUGUGUUUCUAGCAACCCUGUUAGCAACCGUCAAGUGGGGGGCUGGACGGGACUUUUCCCUGCUCACCAUUUUUACCCGAAAACACCGAACCAAACUAGCAAGACAGAAGAAAUUAUUAUUUUUUUGCGUAACGGCGCACAUGGGAAGCAGCAGCAUACCAACAUCUGUGAGAUUCUGAAAGUUGGCUGCAGGCUCAUCAUAUCCGCCUGAGGAAAUAUGGACGGAAGAGACAACACUGAUGAUGUUCAGGCAGAGCUGGACUCAGUGGAGGCUGAGCUGGAGGUGGUGGAGCUGCAGCUAGCAGAGCUCCUGGAGAAGCAGACUGAACUAAACGCCCGGAAGAAGAGACUGCUGCGCAAGCUUGAGGAGGCCUGUGAUGCUGCCCAGCCCUGCGGAUCUUCAUCUUCGUCGUCGUCUUCCUCAAAGGUGUCCGGAGAUGGGCCAGCGAUGAGCAAGCAGGAGUUACAGCGCUAUGAUAACCCUGAUUUUCCCUGGUCCAAGGAGGUGGCACAGCAUCUGAAGGAUUCGUUCCAGCUCUCCAAGUUCAGGCCUCUGCAGCUGAGGGCCAUCAACCUGAGCAUGGCAGGGAAGGAUCUGUUUCUGGUCAUGCCCACCGGGCGAGGGAAAAGCCUCUGCUACCAGCUCCCUGCAGUCUGCUCCAAAGGUUUUACACUUGUUGUCACUCCCCUGGUGUCGCUAAUGGAGGACCAGCUCAUGUACCUGAAGUCCAUCAACGUGCCAGCAGCCACACUCAACGCCUCUAGCAGCAAGGAACAUGCUAAGACAGUCAUGGCCGGGAUGACAGAUCCGAAGAGUCCUUUCAAACUGGUGUACGUGACUCCGGAGAAGAUCGCAAAGAGCAAGCUGCUGAUGUCUCGUCUGGAGAAAGCCUACAACGCAGAGCUGCUGAGUCGCAUUGCUGUGGACGAAGUGCACUGCUGCAGCCAGUGGGGCCAUGACUUCAGACCUGAUUAUAAGUUGCUGGGCAUCCUAAAGCGGCAGUUCCCUAACGUCCCGUUGCUAGGGCUGACGGCCACGGCAACCAGCAGCGUUCUGAAGGACUGUCAGAAGAUCCUGUGUGUGCCUCAGCCAAUCACAAUCACUGCCUCCUUCAACCGAACCAACCUCUACUACGAGGUUCGUCUUAAAGAUUCAAAUGCUGAUGUAGCGUUAAGUGACAUCUCCUCACUGAUCAAGAACAGAUACAAGGACCAGUCAGGGAUUGUGUACGUCUUCUCCCAGAAGGAUGCUGAGGUCGUGUCAUCUGACCUGCAGAAGAAAGGGAUCCUGGCUUAUCCGUACCACGCCAACAUGAAUCCUGAAGACAAGUCACGGGUUCACCGCAAAUGGACCACCAACAAAAUCCAGGUGGUAGUGGCCACAGUGGCAUUUGGCAUGGGCAUCGACAAACCUGACGUCAGGUUUGUCAUCCAUCACACCAUCAGCAAAUCUAUCGAGAACUAUUACCAGGAGAGUGGACGGGCAGGCAGAGAUGACCGUCCGGCAGACUGCAUCGUCUACUUUGGCUUUGCAGACAUCUUCAGGAUCAGCACCAUGGUGGUGAUGGAGAACGUCGGCCAGCAGAAGCUUCUGCAGAUGGUCGACUACUGCCAAAACAUCGACAGGUGUCGGCGGUCACUCAUGGCUGUUCACUUUGAUGAAGUCUGGGAUGACGAAGGAUGCAACGAGAUGUGUGAUACAUGCCGCGAUGGAAAAGACUAUGUCACUGUUGACAUUAGCCAGCAUGCGCGGGAGGUGGUGCUGAUACUGGAAACGGCAGCCUCCAUGGAUGAGAAGCUGACUCCUCUGAAGCUGGUGGAGGCCUGGAUGGGAAAAGGCCCUGCCAAGCGCAGGAAGAUGAUUCAGACCACCACGCUGUCUCGGCUGGAGGCCGAGGCUGUUGUCACUCGGCUGCUGCUGCAAGGAUACCUUGGUGAGGAUUUUAGCUUCACGCCGUAUACUACAUACUUCUACCUAAAGCUGGGACGUAAGGCUCCUCUGCUGAAGAACCAGACUCAUACACUCUCCAUGAAGAUGAGGAAGGGUGGAUCCACCACGGAGAAUGCAUCACCUGCUGAGAUCAGCGAGGAAGAGGUUGAUAUGACCUUUGACCACGUUGAUAUAGGCAACAGCAGCCCUUUACCGCCCAAACACAAACUAGUGAAGGAACGAAGGAACCUGGCCAGGAAACAAGACUUAAAGCCAGUUGGCCAGACAGAGAGAGUUAAAAAGAGACGAACAGACAAGCUGAUGGAUAGAUAUGAAGAGGAAGAAGAUGAGGAAGGUGGAGGAAAACCUGUGCUGCUCCAUCAUAAAGUUGAGGUGGAUGUUGAGAUCAACAUAAUAGAAAACAUAGAAGUCAACCAUGGUGGAAAAUCACCCCCGCAUCCCGUUAAACCUAGUGCUAAACGAAAAUCCACCACCCCUCAGAGACCAAGAAGGAAACCCCAUGCUAAUGUUGCAGCCGAUGUUCCUACACCGCCCCCUGGUGGUGGUGCAGCAGGCAACAUCAACCACCAGGUUCCUGCACUGGUCAGCUCUCCAUCACAGGCCUCCAUCAUCUCUGAGAGUGCAGUGGAGGAGCUCUGUGACCUGAGGAACUACUACAGCAAACAGCUGAGGAGAAUUAAUUACAUGUCCCAUGAAUAUUUGGGGCAGCGCUCCGAGCCAGGAGUGUUGGCAUGUAUCAGGGAGCCACUGAGGAGCCUCCGUCUGCCCCGCGGUGUGACCAUUGCCCAGACAGCCCGCAGCCUGUGGACCAGAGUCAGUGGCAGGAGGAAGCUGGUCCACAGGUGACCUCAGUUGCCUGAAUGAACUCGGCACAAAUUUGACCUUCAGCCGCUCUGCAGUCUGACAGAAAAACUUACCCAAAGUGUGUCAGUAGCCCUUGAAGCUGCAAACACAAAUGCUUGUGUUUGAAAUGAUACAUAACUUAGAAAAGAAAGCAGUUUUAUCUGUCACAUAGAAGCUGCAGUAGGAAAAAAAGUCAGGAAAUGCCCUUCACAGGUCCCACUGGCUGAUAUGAAUUUACCCUUUUUAUCUCUCAGCUGCUGCGUUGCAGAUUAAUAUAAUUCAGUUUGGCCCACUUAAAUCCUAGUACCUGCUGGAUCUGGCUCCUCUGAUGUUUUCCCACACAGUUCAGGUUUUACAGUCACAUCAGAGGUUCACAAAGUGAUUCAUGAACCUAGAACUUGAUUUAAAGCCAAGUGCUCACUUUCAUGUCAUCUCCCAGCUUGGCAUUAAGCACUUGUGCCAACAUGCUUAGUUCUAAGACAUGAACACAGACAUAAAGUCUAGAGGUGGUGGUGUAGGACACACAUACCAAAUCAAUAAAAAAAAAAUAUAUAUAUAUAUAUUUGCACUUUAUUUAGGACAUUUAAAUUCUACUUAAGUUCAUUCUCAAAUUUGAUUUUCCAAUUAACAAGCAGAUUUCAUCUUGCUCUAAAUGUGUUUGACUGUGACAGAGUAAUACUUUGCAGCCAGCUUCUUUGCAUCUAUAAAUUGCAAAAGACCCAGGGACUUAAAACGCAUAUCAACCAGCUUCUCUCUGUAGUCAGAUGUCAUCGAUCAACACUUCUCCCAUUAAUGCAAAGCAGUAUCCUCCCUGCAAAAUAUUCAUCAUAGUUACAGGUUUUAUAUCUCUUUCACGAGCGCACUCAUCAUGUUGGGAGCUGGCAAAGAGCUGGGAAAUUUCCUCCAGUGACGUUUGAAGUUUGGAAUUAGUGAUGCUGUCACACAUUUUUAUUAACAUAAUAAACUUCUACGUCAGAUGUGAGCAUAAGACCUCUCUUGAAAUGAGGUCCCAGGUGAAGGCACUGUAAUGUUAAAAUCAACUUCAAGAACUUCUAUUUACACUUAUGAUGUCUAACCACUGUAAUAAACAAUAAUGCACAUCAGCCAAGAUCUUCAAAAUAAGUUAAGAACGUUGAAUGUAUCUGAAGCCUGUACAUAUCCUCUUUUAAUAUUAUGUGUGUUUAUUUUCUACUCUACUGAUUCACACGUGUCACAAUGUUAUUUUAUUUUGUCCUCAUGUUAUCCUUUAUUAUGGGCACAACAGGCAUGCUCAGGAAACUUGUUUGUUCUCUUCCCUGUAACGUGUUGGCCAAGGUACUGUUGGCAAAAAAUAAAUGCAUGAUCUUUUGUAAAGAAA